AUGUCCUAUGCUCAUGAUGCCACCACCAAGAUCUCCAUUGACAAGUUCGACGGCGACAACUACGCGACGUGGAGCCGCUACAUGCGUGGCGUGUUCCUGACCAAGUCGGCGUGGCACGUGGUGAACCGGGAGACCACCCCCACCUUCGCCGAUCCUCGCGCCAGUGACGACUACAUCAAGACGAACAACAUUGCGUUCGGCUUGAUGCUUCUGCACAUGAGCGCGGAUUAUCAUCACGUGGUUGAUGACUGUGAAGAGGCGUGGGUCGCGUGGGCGCGUUUGAAGACGCUGUACGGCGGGUCGCAGAAGGCUGGACGCAUCUACUUGAAGCGCCAGCUGUUCAGCAUGGAGAUGGCGGAAGGCGGCAAUGUGAUGCAUCAUUGCAACGAAGUCCUCAACAUCAGCGCGAAGCUCAGCAGCAUCGGCGCCAAGAUGGAGGACGAGGACGUGGCGAUCUGCUUGUUGCGCAGCCUCCCCAAGAGCUACGAGAACGUCGUUCUCAACUUGGAGAUGAGCAGCGCGGAACUGCGAUCGCGAGACGUCGUGAGAGUGCUCACGAAUGAGCACAUCAAGAGGCAAGGUGACAAGACGACAUCGGUGAAGAUUGAAGACGCGGCGAAGGCGUUCAGUACCGAGCGUGAACCUCGCCAAUGUACAUACUGCGGAAAAUUGGGGCACACGGCGGAGCGGUGCUGGACCAAGCAGAAGGACGAAAAUCAAGGUGGAGCUCGACGCGGCGGCAACAAUGCUCGUGGACGCGGAGCCAACAACGUUCAGUGGCGAACCAACAACAACAACAACGACGACAACUACGAUCGAGUUGCGUUCGCGGUUUUGCUGGAGGCUGGACUUUCGACGGACAAGAAUAUGCCAGGGAUGUGGGCAGUCGACAGCGGUGCGACGCAUCACAUCUGCAACGACAAGGCCAAGUUUGCAAGCCUGAAUGAUCGAGAGGAAGGCGAACUAUCAGUGGCUGAUGGCAGCAAGGCUGCGAUCAAGGGUGUGGGAACCAUCAUGGAACGGGUGGUUCUGCCCAAUGGUGACGAACGCGACAUCGAGAUCAAGGACGCACUGUUCGUACCAAGUAUGAGCAAGAAUCUGCUUUCGGUGCCACAGAUCAACAAGGGUGGCAGGUUCCAAGUCGUGUUCGAUGGAUCCAAGAUGCAAGUGAAGCGCAAGAAUUCCACACAAGUCGUGGCAACAGCGGAUCUCGUUGAUGGACUUUACUGGCUGCGGACUCCUCAACGAUCGGCAAAUGCAGCAACACGCAAUGGGACCAUCGACUUGCAUGCGCGCAUGGGUCAUGCACCCCUCGAAGUUCUGCGCAAGAUGGUGGCCACUGGCAUGAUCAAGGACGCCAAGGCACCUCUCAACUCGACUGGUCCAAGUGUGUGUCGCGGUUGCCAGCAAGGAAAGAUGGUCCAAAAACCAUUCCCAACCAACCGUGACAAACGCCAAUAUGGUGUGUUCGAGUUGCUGCACUUCGACAUCUGCGGGCCAAUGGAACAAGUCUCGAUCGGCGGCAGCAAAUACUUACUGCUUGUGGUUGACGAAGCCAGCGGUUGCAUGAAGGGCUUCUGUCUGCGGUCCAAGUCUGAGAGUGAAGACUGUAUCAAGAACCACAUCAUCAAGAUUCAAACUCAGUUCGGCACGAAGAUCAAGUUUGUUCGGCACGAUGGAGCGCAUGAGUUUGCGACCAACUCGAUCAAGACCUUCUACGAAGAUCAUGGUAUCGAACAACAGAUCACGGUGCCGUAUGCACACCAGACCAACGGCACCGCAGAACGCGCGAUAAGGACCAUUGUCACGAUUGGACGCAGCUUGUUGCAUCAUGCAAAUCUGGAGAAGUGUUUCUGGGCUGAAGCGGCAAUGACGGCGAUCUACAUCAAGAACCGCCUGCCUUCACCCAAGAUCGACCACAAGACUCCGUUCGAGAUCGUGUACAAGUCGAAACCAAGUGUCAAGCACAUGCGCGUGUUUGGAUGUCGGGCGUUUAUCCUGACACCAAGGGAGAAGCGAUUGAAGUGGGACCCGAAGGCUCGUGAAGGGAUGUUCAUGGGCUACGAAGAAGCGUCAAAAGCUUAUCGAGUGUACGACAUUGAGGCGGGCCAAGUGGUGAUCAGUCGUGACAUCACCUUCGACGAAUCGACUUUUGACUUUUCGAUGGACCGACCAAGUGACGAUGAUGAAGAUGCGGAGUUGGACCUCGACCUCCUGGCGAGGUUAUCAACGAGGACGACGUGCGUCAAACCGUCUACAAGCAGACUGGCAAGCGCAAGAGUGAAGCAAGACCCGGCAUGUCACAAACGACGAUCAAGUGCUCCAGAAACGAUGUCUGAUGACAAAGAAGAUGCAAGCGUCUACGAUCAAGAUGACGACUCGACGCCUCCAACAUUUUGGCGUGCAAGUGCAAACGCAGUGGAAGCAACGGACCUAGCAGAACCUGUGACUUUUCAAGACGCGAUCAAUGGUCCUGAUCAAGCUGACUGGCGAAAUGCUGUGAAGGCGGAACUCAAGUCGAUGCACCUUCGUGGAGUUUUCCGUGCGGCAAAACUGCCAAGAGGCCAAGGCGCGAUCGGCACCAAGUGGGUGUUCAAGAUCAAGCGCAAAGCGGAUGGAUCGGUCGAGAAAUACAAGGCGCGUCUCGUUGCCAAGGGCUUCAAGCAGAAGUACGGCAUCGACUACACAGAGACGUUCUCGCCCGUGGUCAAGUACGUGACACUGCGUAUGGUGAUCGCGAUCACCAAGUAUUUCGACUGGCCACUGGACCAACUCGAUGUGGUGACAGCCUUUCUCUACGGAGUGAUGAAGGAGAAGGUGUACUGCGUGAUACCAGAAGGCGUCGAGAUGGAUGGCGACUUCGACUGUCUCGAGUUGGUGAAGGCGAUCUACGGUCUCAAGCAAGCUUCACGUGUGUGGAACGAGACUAUCGACGAGUUCGUAUGCUCUAUCGGUUUCGAAGCGUCGGCGUUCGACCCAUGUCUCUACAUCAAGGUUGUCGACGGUCACUGUGUGCUCGUGCUGGUCUACGUGGAUGACGUGUUGGUCACCGGCAGCUCGCUCGAGUUGAUUGCGCAGACGAAGGCCGACCUCAAGACGCGUUUCGAGAUGACCGACAGUGGCAAGUGUACUUUUGUACUGGGCAUCGAACUGGUGGACGAAUCGGAUGGCAGCGUGACGAUGUGCCAGCGACGGUAUGUCAACGACAUCCUCAAGCGCUUCGGCAUGGAUGAGUGCAAGGCCACAGCAAGUCCGGUCGAUUUGAGCACUCGGCUUGUCGCAAGCAGCGAAGCGGCCAAGAUCGACGUUCCGUUUCGUGAAGCUGUGGGAGCUUUGAUGCACUUGACGACUGCGACGCGCCCGGACAUUUUGUAUGCUGUGGGGUACGUCUCGCGCUUCAUGAAGAAUCCGCAGCAAGAACAUUGGACGGCGGUGAAGCGCAUCUUUCGUUACUUGCAAGGGACCAAGUCGCACGGACUCCGCUUCCAGCCAAGCGACAAGAUCGACUUUCGUGGCUACUCGGACGCGGACUGGGCCGGCGACCACGCUGAUCGCAAGUCGACUUCGGGUUACACUUUCAUGCUGAUGGGUGCUCCUGUGAGUUGGGGAAGCAAGAAGCAGUCAAGUGUGUCGCUGUCGACGAGUGAAGCGGAAUACAUCGCACUGAGUCUGGCCAUCCAGGAAGGCAAGUGGGUGCAUCGCCUGCUAUGCGAGAUUUUGGCGGCCGCAAACGAACCAGGACUGGACCUCGUCAUCCGUGAAGACAACCAGUCGUGCAUCAAGAUGACGAAGAAUCCGGUCAACCACGGCCGCGCCAAGCACAUCGACAUCAAGUACCAUCACAUCCGUGAUGAGGUCAAGCGCGGUGAAGUGCAGCUCGAGUAUUGCGAGACUUCCGUGAUGAUGGCGUACAUCAUGAUGAAGGGACUUCAUGGACCACGCCACAAGGAGAUGACGACGGCUCUCGGCAUUCGUGCGAGUUCGGAUUGA